AUGAUUGAACUACCACCGGAACUUCUGGCAGCUUCACCAUCGACGCUGUUGAAGCUUCGCAUGAGAGCGGAAAAUCUACGAGACAGAGAUUUUUUAACCAAAAGCGAUCCGUGUUGUGUUGUUUACAAGAAAAAUUGCAGAGCCCGAGAAGAGAAAUGGAUUGAAAUUGGUCGAACAGAAAUGAUACGUAACGAUUUAUCACCUGAAUGGGCACAACCAGUUCAGUUGGAAUAUUUUUUUGAAGAAAUUCAGCAAUUACGUUUCGAAGUUUAUGAUUAUGAUGGAAAAAGCAAUGAACUAUCAUCCCAUGACUUUCUUGGCUAUCAUGAAUGUGAUUUAGCUGAAAUCGUGGCACUAGAAACGUUGACCGCUCAUUUGAAGGGUCUAAGAGGCAAUUGUGGACGCUUAGUAAUAACAGGCGAAGAAAUAGAUCAGGGCGCCAGAGAAAUAAUUACAUUUCAAAUUAGAGCUGAAAAAGUUCAGAAAAAAGACUUUUUUGGUUUACUUAAUAGUGAUCCCUUUCUGAACAUCUACCGACUCAAUGAUGAUGGAAGUAGGAGUCUAGUUCAUCGAACUGAAUUUGUGAAAUCUUCAAGAAGUCCUAAAUGGAGAACAUUUGAGGUUAAUCUCAAAACACUUUGCAAUGGAAUUCGUACAGGAAGUAUUCUCAUUGAAUGCUGGGAUAAUGAUGAAAAAACAUUAUCAACAGCAGAUUAUAUUGGUUCUUGUUAUGUACCAAUUGAGAGCUUAUUAAACAAUGAAAUAGAAUCAAAUUAUGAGCUGAUAAACAAGAAGGGGAAGAAAAACAAAAAAACAGGAAUUCUUUACAUUUGUCCAACUGUCUCAACACAACACACAUUCUGUGAUUAUAUUUCCGCAGGAACUCAGUUAGACUUUACCGUGGCAAUAGAUUUCACUUCUUCAAAUGGCCCUGUACAUAGUCAAAGCUCAUUACAUUACAUAGGACAUGAAAAACCUAAUCAGUAUGAAGUUGCUCUGAGAUCGGUGCUUGACAUUUGCCAGUAUUAUAACUAUACGAAAGUAUUUAAUGCUUAUGGAUUUGGUGCUUUCCUUCCACCAAACAAGCUCAUGAUUCCAUUGUUUGAUCUUUCAGAUCCCCAGCCAGUUCCCAAUAAUCCAGAAGUAUGCGGAGUUCAGGGUGUAUUAGAUGCAUAUAGACAUAGUUUAAACAAAAUUACCUUUUAUGGACCAACGAAAUUUGCUCCCAUAAUAAAUGAAACAGCAAAACGAAUUGCAUCGAAGAGAGUAACGAAAGGCUCUCAAUAUGAAAUUCUGUUGAUAAUAACUGAUGGAGUAAUCUGUGAUUUAAAUGCAACGAAGAAAUCAAUCAUUGAGGCAUCUCAUCUUCCAUUAUCAAUUAUCAUAAUAGGUGUAGGGGAUGCUGAUUUUAGUUUGAUGAACGAAUUGGAUGGCGAUGAUGUGCGAUUGAAUUUGAAUGGAAGAAUAGCUGCUCGAGAUAUAGUACAGUUUGUUCCAUUGAGAAAUUUUGUUCAGCGAGAUAGUGAAGAUCUGCAGGUGAAAGCUAAAUUAGCUAAAGAGGUGCUGGCAGAGAUUCCUGAACAGCUAGUUACUUAUAUGCGAAGUUAUAAGAUUAAUCCUUUGUCAUCAAGAGAAACAAAAAAUGUGUCAGAAAGUCAAAUGAAACAUCCUAAUCCAUCUGCUCCGCCAGUUUUUGUGGAAGAAGAGUAA